UAAAUAUAUAUACCCAUCAUGCAUCGAGCUGGGCUCAUGGAGCUCCGUCGUCCGUCCCCUAGCUAGCUAGCAUAUAUCACAUAGCAUAGCAUGCUAGUACAUAUAUAGAGAGAGUAUCCGCAAGACAGGAAUCGAGGACGAGAUCGAUUAAGCAGCAGAUUAAUUGAUCAUGGCUGCCGGAGACGAAGCCGCCGCCGCCGCCUCCACCGUGGCCGUCUCCCUCAACAACAACGACAAACCCCGCCGCCACCACCCCGCCGCCUCCGGCAAGGAGGAGAACCGCCACCGCCCGUGGGCGAUGCUGACGCGCUUCCACGCCGGCUACUUCCGUAUCAGCCUGGCCCUCAGCGGGCAAGCCCUGCUGUGGCGCACGCUCACCAGCGACGACAACUCCUCCACGGCCACGGAGCUGCGGCCCCUUCCCCUGGUGCGCUCGCUUCCCUCCGCCGCCUUCCUGCUGCUCUGGUCGCUGGCGCUGCUCGCCCUCCUCGCCCUCGCCGCUCUCUACGCCGCCCGCUGCCUGCUCCGCUUCCACGCCGUGCGCGCCGAGUUCCGCCACCACGUCGCCAUGAACUACCUCUUCGCCCCCUGGAUCUCCUGCCUCCUGCUCCUGCAGUCGGCGCCCUUCCUGCGCCCGGACGCGCCGCCCUACCACCUGCUCUGGUGGGCCUUCUCGCUGCCCAUCCUGGCGCUGGACGUCAAGAUCUACGGGCAGUGGUUCACCCGGGGCCGCAGGUUCCUCUCCAUGGUGGCCAACCCGGCCAGCCACAUCACCGUCAUCGGCAACCUCGUCACGGCCAGGGCGGCCGCCAAGAUGGGCUGGCACGAGGGCGCCGUCGCCAUCUUCGCCGUCGGGGCCGCGCACUACCUGGUGCUCUUCGUCACGCUCUACCAGAGGUUCCUCGGCUCCGACUCGCUGCCGGCCAUGCUUCGCCCGGUCUUCUUCCUCUUCUUCGCGGCGCCGAGCAUGGCGUCGCUCGCAUGGGACGCCAUAUCCUCCUCCUUCGACACCUGCUGCAAGAUGCUCUUCUUCCUCUCGCUAUUCCUCUUCGCGUCCCUGGUUUCCCGUCCGGCCUUGUUCAAGCGCGCGAUGCGGCGGUUCAGCGUGGCGUGGUGGGCCUACUCCUUCCCUCUGAGCGUGCUGGCGCUGGCGUCCGCCGAGUACGCGCAGGAGGUGCGGCAGGCGGCGGCCAACGGGCUCAUGCUGGUGCUCGCCGUGCUGUCCGUGGCCGUCACCCUCGCGCUCAUGCUCUUCACCGCCCUGCGCACCGCCGACCUGCUGCCGCACGACGACCCCUUCGACCACGGCUGCCCGCAGCUACCUACAUAAUAUCUUGGUCAUUAUAUAUAUAUAUUGCUCUAGAUAUAUGUACAUGUAUGUAUGUGCGUGUGUGUAUUGUAGAAUAACAAAAUUGGCGUAUAAUGGAUUGAAUGUAUUGAGAUCUAGACCGGUAUAUAUAGAUACAUAACUUGGAGGGCAAAGAGCCUCUCGUACAAGUAUGGUAGGAUAUGGAGAUAUCCCUAAUAUAUGCAUAGCUUCCACAUAUACGUAUAUCUGUAUGAGAGUAUAUAUGUAUCAUGUACGUACACUCUUGUAUAUAGUUAUAUAGAUAUAUACAUUUAUACACAUA